CUUGACACGUUCUCUGUCGCAGAUUUGGGAUCGAUACCAGGUCAAGGACGCGUCAAUCAACUCGGUGGUGUGUUUAUAAAUGGAAGACCAUUGCCUAAUCAUAUUCGUCUAAAAAUCGUGGAGAUGGCAGCCGCUGGUGUUAGGCCUUGCGUUAUCUCGAGGCAGCUGAGGGUGUCGCACGGAUGCGUGUCGAAGAUUUUGAAUCGGUACCAAGAGACGGGGAGCAUCAGGCCGGGCGUGAUCGGAGGCAGCAAACCGAGAGUGGCCACGCCCGAGGUUGAGGCACGGAUCGAGGAGUACAAGCGCGACAAUCCAGGGAUAUUCUCGUGGGAGAUUCGAGACAGGCUGAUCAAAGAAGGAAUCUGCGACAGAACGAGCGCACCCAGCGUCUCGGCGAUCUCCAGGCUUCUCAGAGGUCGCGAUCCCGAGGAUGAGGCGAAACUCGGCGACGGUAAGCCACUUUAA